UAUCUUUAUCCUCUAUCAUGAUUGAUUCCAGAGACAGGAUUUUGAUUCUCCACAUUCCAAUGUUCAGAAGGCGGAAGACAAGAAAAACCCGUGCUCUACCGGUUUUAGAUAAAAACGAACGAUAUGGAUCAUCCUGUGAUGAAGAGAAUGAGGUCCCCGAGCAGUCUGUGGGUCCUGAAAGUAACCCAGAUGCCUCAUACCCAGACACUGCACCUGCUGCAAGCUGUGAAAGUGAAAAAGGAGUCCAGGCAUCUGUUGAUGAAUCACCAGUGGACAACCUUUUGAAACGGAUAGAAGCAUUAGAGCAAGAACGUGACUUUCUUAGGCACACUCUUGCAUCCGUCUGUGGCAAAGAAAAGAAAAAGAAGAAGAAGAAGAAGGACACUAGUAGUGAGAGUGAUGAGUUAAACUCUUCGUCCUCUUCAUCAUCUUCCUCCCUCCCUUCAUCUUCAUCGGAAGAUGAAAGAUGUAGCAAAAAAAAAUCCAAAAAGAAGAGAACCCAAAAGAACAGGUCAAGAUCUGCAUUCUCUAGUUCUGCAGUGAGAGCCAAGUGUCCAGAUGAUGUUCUCAAGAGAUACAAAAAAGUUCUCCGUGCAUUUAAAAAGGAAGGAAGCAUGACAAGAGCAUUCAUAAAGGUUGGAGUGGACAGAAACACCCUUGCCCUCACUGCAGUUGUGGCUGAGAUUCAAAUCAUCAGCCCAGAAUUUUUUCGCUCCAUCCCUCAGUUCCAGCCUCAGCAAGAGAAGCUUUUUGAUUUUGCCCUGAGGUGCUCAGAGGCCUUGACAACUGAGAUGAAAGCCUCUAUUACCUCAGGAAAAAAGAGUGGAAAACUCCUGCCAAUUAAAUACAAGUUUCGCUAAAAAUAUUGUUCAUUUCUAGUUUAGUUUGAUUUUUUUUUUUUUUUUGAUGAGGUAUUUUAGGCCUUUUAUUUAAAAGUUUGCUGUAUUAAAAUAUAUAUAAAGAAACGUUUUCAAGAUUCAAGAUAAGUGGAAUCUUUUGUGACCUGAGAAUAGGUUAUUUUAUUUUUUUGGUAAUUUUUCUGGAAAUUAAAAAGCAAACUUUUUUGUAUUGUAAAAGUUUGAAAAAUACAUUGUUCCUCUUUAUCUAAAGAUGUUCACUAAAACAAACAAAAAACAACAACUGCAUGUGCUAUUUUUAUUUUAAUUUACUUGCAUUAUAAGCAAGUUUUA